UGUUACAGUUAUGAAACCUGCGGAUGAUCUCUGCGAUGUCUGCCGUGGAAACACAAUAUCGAUUGCGCAAGCCAAAGGUGUUACUGACAUUGAACGCGCACAGAAGCUUAAUCAAUUUCUUGAUCACCUCCACCGAGCCCGAAAUCAACGAGUCAUUUGAUUUUGCCCAAACCGUUCACUACCCUGUCAGUCCACAACAACCUGGUACAGCAUACUUCAAAGCAACCAAGAAGUGCGGAGUCUUCGGAAUUACAGACGAAAAACAAAAAGUUCAGUACAAUUACAUGAAAGACGAAAAAGAUGACGUUGGUAAAGGACCUAACUGUGUUGUGAGCAUCCUGCAUUAUCACCUGCAAACCUACUAUAAAGACAUUGAAACACUCGUUCUUUUCUGUGACAAUUGUGUUGGGCAGAAUAAGAAUAACACUGUACUAUCAUAUCUGCAAUGGUGUUUGGCUCGGGGUCUUAACAAAACUAUUUUAUUCAAUUUUCUACUUACCGGGCACACUAAGUUCGCGCCUGAUCGUUACUUCGAUAUUUUCAAAAGUAAGUAUGCCGUCAGUAACAUCGACACGUGUGCAGAUUUACUGCAGUGUGUCGAGGCAUCAUCACCUGGGGGUUAUAAUAAAGCUGUAUCGGCUGAAAAAGUCGUCUGGUAUGAAUGGGACAGCUAUUUUAAACAACUGUACAAGUCACUUGUUGGAAUAACGCAAUUCCAUCAUUUCAUAAUCUCUACAGAUUGUGUAAAAACAAAGAAAUUCGCAGACAGUGAAGAAGUGCAGUCCUUUAAGCUUCUGUUAAAACCUAUCGAUCCUGAAAUGCCGAAAGUUAUACAACCAGCCGGUUUAUCUUUGGAACGUCAGUGGUACAUCUAUCACAAUCUUCGCAGCUUAGUUUCGGAUAUAUCUAAAGUAGAUAUUGUGGCUCCAUUGCCGAAAGAUUUGCCAUCGAAGAAACGGAAGGCAAAAACUAGUGAAGAUGUUCUCAAACCAGACGAGGACCCAGGUCCAUCUUCCUCAGGAUCAACACGUAAAAAGAUCUCAAGGAAAACGACAACAAAGAAAAAUACAUAAACUACUCAGCAUUAUUAUUUUUGGCCCAUAAUACGUUUUCUAGUGUAUA